AUGGUUGUUCUUGUGGAGCAUUUAAGAACCCAUAUAAUAGCUGUAAUGAAAAUUGCGGUGAACCUUAGAUCAUCGGGUUCACUUUAUUGGGAAUGGGAUGUACUAGAAAAAAUAAUGAAAUCUGAUAAUAACGAAGAUCGUACGCGACAUUUGGUACGACGUAUAGAUUUCGGACAUACUAUCAACAUGGAUGGACAAAAGGUAAGCUAUAUCGUGAUGGAGUACUUACCUGGAAACCCUGUUGGCAUUAUUGGUACUUUAGAAUCAAAUGAACGUCUCUCAAAAGUUGCAGAGUUUGGUCUUCAAUUGCUCAAAGCUAUAUAUGAUUUACACUAUCUCGGCUACGUUCAUCGUGAUAUCAAACCUGAAAAUGUUGGAUUGUAUGGUAAGAACACGGUAGUACUAUAUGAUCUUGGAUUGGCAAGAUUUUACACCAACCAGGAGGGUAAAGUACGCGAACCUCGUUGUAUGUGUGGCAUGCGUGGUACCGAUGAAUGGGCAAGUUUAUCUGCAGAAUUAGGGAGAGAUCAAGGACGAAUCGAUGACCUUUGGGGUUGGUUCUAUGUACUGAUCGAGUGGGUUAAUUGUACUUCCAAAUAUCCAUUAUGCUGGGCACCUUUUGAAGACCAGCCAGAUUUACGACACUUAUGCAAAUCAUCAAUAUUCCCCGCAAAAUAUGUGCUUCGUAAUUGUCCACCAGAGUUCUUUAAAAUACAAUGUUAUUUACGAUGUCUGGGACGAGAUGAUUCACCUAAUUACUUUUACUUGGCUACAUUAUUAAAAGAUGUGAAAACACGUGCAGAGAGCAUAUAUGCAAUAGAACGAACCCAAGAUAUUGCAAAAGAGCAAUUAGAAUCAGAUUCGCGAGUGAAGCGCCUCUCACAACUUGAACUUGAAGAAUUCUAG